AAUCUGUCAAGAUAGGUUUCAAUGAUGGCUAUGAAGUUCUUAGUUCUCUUAUCUCUAGCGAUGGUGGCGCUCACACUAUCUAUAGAAGUGUCUGAAGAUGCGAUCUUUCAGUGGGAAUUAUUUAAGGUACAACACAAUAAGGAUUAUAUAUCCAAUGAAGAAGAGGAAAUGCGAAAGGGAAUUUUUUUGAAUAAUUUACGAUUUGUCCUGGAACACAAUGCCAAGUACAAGAGAGGAGAGGAAACAUAUGAAGUAGAAAUCAACAUUUUUGCUGAUAUGACUCCUGACGAAAUACUCUCAAGGAAAGGCUAUCGACGACCAGAGGGAGAGCCGCGCGGAGGGGAGCCCUUCCAGGAGAAGACAGGAGUGGAGUUGGCUAGUAACGUGGACUGGAGGAAGAAGGGAGCAGUAACUGGAGUCAAAAACCAAGGCACCUGUGGGUCAUGCUGGUCCUUCAGCGCGACUGGCAGUCUAGAAGGCCAGCACUUCCUGAAGACCAAUACAUUGGUAUCGCUGAGUGAACAGAACCUAAUUGACUGCUCCAGGACAGUUGGAGACUUAGGUUGUGAGGGCGGAUGGCCAGAGAAGGCUUUCACCUACGUCAACAUGAACAAGGGCAUUGACACAGAGGCAUCGUAUCCUUAUGAAGCCAAGGACGAUAAAUGUCGUUACAAUCCUAAGAACAUCGGCGCCACAGCAGUAGGCUUUGUGAGCCUCCCGACGGCCAACGAGACUAGCCUCCAAGCUGCUGUAGCCACGGUUGGUCCUAUCUCAGUCAUAAUCGAUGCAAGUCUCACCUCCUUCGCUCUAUACAAGCAAGGAGUUUAUCGCGCAAAGGGAUGCUCAAAAGUCGAUCUAGACCAUGCUGUCUUGACUGUGGGUUACGGCAAUGUCAAGAAAGGAGGCGAUUACUGGCUAAUCAAGAACUCCUGGGGAACGAAAUGGGGAAUGAACGGCUACAUGAUGAUGGCCAGAAAUAGCAACAACAUGUGUGGUAUUGCUACCGAGCCGAGCUACCCACUUGUGUGAUUAUCUCUCCUUUUUCUCAAUGCAAAAUUUAAACUUAAUCUGUAUUAUCAAACCUCAUACAAAGAAAUAAAAAGCAAUAUUAAAUAUACAUUA